AUGGAUUGUAAUACUAAUUCUUUGAAGGAUUUGAACUCCUUUACUAAUCGAAAUCAAACCUACCAGCAGAUAAAUCCUCAGUUUAGUCAGUUUAAACCAACAAAUGAAGUAAAUAACCAACAGUUCGAAAGUUUCAAGAAUAAUCAACCAGAUUUCCAGUUCAACCCACAAUUCCAAGGACUUCCAAGAGAUAACAUACAGUUUCAGAAUCAUCAUGGUCAAAGGAAUGUAACAAGAGAUCAAGUGCAAUCCAGAGAUCAAUUCAAAAAUGACUGGGUCAAAGAUUUCUCCAAAAUUUCCAUCAGACAUGGAGAAACUAAUCAAAUGAAUCAAGUGAGUAAUGUAAACCAAAUGAACCAGAUGAACCAAAUGAAUCACACGAAUCAAAUGACCCAAAAUAAUGCUAAUAGUAUGUACAUGAAUAGUGGAUAUCAACCCAUGCAAAUGAAUAGAAUGAAUCAAAUGAGUAUGACUCAAAAUGGUAUGACAGAACAUCAAGAAUUACAUAGACCAGAAAUCGAACAUGAAUUAACUGAUCAACAAUUCGAGCAAGAGUUUAAAUUACUUGAACAAGAGCAUCAAGAAAAUGAAACCAAAGUUGGUAAUCAAGACAAUGAACAAUUUGCAGAUGCUGCCAAAAAGAUAAAACAAACAUUAGAGUCCAAUGGCAAGUUCAAAAACUCGAACUUUUUGAAAUUAAUGAGUUCAAUAUCCAAUAAGACCGUAGAAUUGAAUGAUCAAGGUGAUAAAUUAGUCGAUCAACAAGGAAAUGAAGUGAAGUUAGACGAAAUGGAAACUGAUUUGGAUGAAAAUCAAGCUAAUCAAACUGUAGUAGAUACAGAACAGAUAGAUUAUCAUCAAACACCUCAUGAAUUUGUACCUCAAUACGAAAACAAAAUCCCUGAACAACCUAUAUUUCAAUAUGAUCAUUAUGGUAACAAAAUAGGUGAAAAUAUGCAUCCGCCAGUCAAGGAAAGUGAACGAGAAUCUAUUCAAAAUAAUUUACCUGAUCCUUUAGCUCACUUGAAAGGAGAAUUAGAUGCCAAUGAGUCUUUGUUAGCAGCAAGAAUCGUAAGUGGAAACCAAGUCAACUCCAAUGAUUGGCUUGAAGAUUACUCCAUGGAUACUGUUCCACCACCAAGAAAUAAUAUGAUGGGUGAUUGGCAAGAAGUUUACGAUGAUUAUAGACAUGAUGACGAUUACCAUUAA